AACAGGGGAAGCGAGCGUCGUGGGUAAAAAUCUGGUAACGCUGCCCUGAAUCAGGCAAUAGGCACGCAUAAACGCAUUGUUCCAUAAGUGUCAGUAACGCAUAUAUAUAACUACUAGGAUCCUGAAGUUAAUCUUGUUUGAAGAAUUGUUUUAUAACAUAACGUAUACUAUACAAGAGCAAUGAAUUAAGUAGUACUCUGUUAUUUUCACAAAAAAUAUGUUAGAAUAUAAACAAGAAAGAGGCCAUGAUUAUUAUAUGAAUAUUUACUCAUAACCCUCACUAUAAAAGUGUAAUAAACAUACGUAGCAUCGACGUAUGAGAAGGAAGAUACUCAAGAAAUGAAGAUUUGAAAAAUUCCGAAUUGUUUCUUUGGAAGCGAAUAAGCGACACAUACAGUAUAUGUGCAUAAACAUGUGUUAAAAGUGUUUCCUAUUCUGGCUAGUCAUUUUAUGCUAACGUUUCUUUAUUUGAAUAUUCAAAGUACACAGAUGUAACUGUGUCCUAAGAAGCAAACAUGGUAUCUUCGUGGUAUUACAUUAUCUUACCGGUACUGUUAUUCAUUGGAUUACUGCGAAAAUGUCGUGAACGAACAUGGGGAAGAUGCAAAAAUACAGACAGUUUGCAAGGUCGUGUGUUCAUUGUAACGGGCGCUAAUUCAGGUAUUGGCAAGGAAGUAGUAAAAGAAUUGGUCAAGAGAAAAGCUACGGUUAUUCUAGCUUGUAGAAAUUUACAAAAUGCUCAUAAUACUAUAUCUGAAAUACGUACUCGUAUACCUACCGGAGAAUUGGUACCAAUGGAAUUAAAUUUGGCAUCAUUUUCAUCAAUCAGAGAAUUUGUUGCAGCAGUAAUAAAAGAUUUUGCUGAGGUACAUGUAUUAAUCAAUAACGCUGGAGUGUAUGUUCCUUUCAAAGAACACGCUUUAACUGAAGAUGGAUAUGAAAUACAUUUUGGAGUGAAUCACUUAGGACACUUCUUACUUACAAAUUUACUUUUGGAACAUUUAAAACAAAAUGCGCCCAGCAGGAUUGUUAUUGUAACAUCCAAACUUUUUGAAUCUGGAGUAAUUGAUUUCUCGAAUUUAAAUGGUGAAAAGGGAUUGACAAUCAAAGGACGUAUGAAUCCUGCUUAUUGUAAUUCAAAAUUAGCCAACACCUAUUUUGGUAUUGAACUUGCAAAGCGAUUAGAAAAUACUGGAGUUAAUGUUUACAUGGUUUGUCCUGGCUUCACUUAUACAGGACUUUUCAGAAACGUUAAAAGGAGUUGGUUUCAUUACAUUAUGUUUUCCCCUGUUGCUCUGCUAUUCUUACGUACUGCAAAUCAGGGAGCACAGACUGUAUUGCACUGUGCC